AUUUGUUUGUUUACGCUCCUAGAGAAGAAUAUUUCUGCGUGCAUUCAGUAGCGAGUAUUGUAAUUUACGCUAAGCAUCACCCAAAGAAGCCAUGGACACACUGGACACAGUGCAAAAACACGAACUGCCACCAACCAAUCAAAAACGUAUGGUAGCAUUUAUCAACCAUUUCAUCGUUAGCACGGUCACAUUCCUAAACAAAUUUGCAUCCGACUGCGAGACCAGGUUUGUGAAUUAUGAGCAAAAAAUACAGAACCUAGAAGCUUCCCUUAUGAUAGUGGAAGCAAAGCUGGCCUCCAUCGACGUGUUGAAACAGCCCGACGAUAACACUGCGGCGAUCGAAAGUAAUAGCAAACGGAGCGACAUCAUCCCAUCGACAGCUGUUGCAGCUGAAGCGACUGAAACGAAACCAGUGGAAGAUAAAGAAUCUCAACCGAACGUAACCGCCCCCGAGAGGGAUCCAAAGUAUGAUCCAUACUUUAAAAUGCUUCACGUUGGCGUACCGCUGGGAGCAGUGAAAAACAAAAUAUCUUCCGAAGGUUUAGAUCCCGGCUAUAUUGAUCAAUUUCUAUAAUACUAGGCAAAUAAACGGUAUGAGCUAGGCAGCCCGCGCUAUUCCUUACGACUUCGGAAGCUGAUAAACGCCACCAGCAUAUACGAGCUUAUGCUCCCGGACCUUACGCUGCAGGAUGUGUUUCAGCUCGUCCUGCGUAAAAUCUACCUGAGAGGCAAACAUUUUCAGCAUCUGAUGUAUACGGUCCAGCGGCAACGAGUCCAGGUUGGUCAGCAUCGCUUCGAUGUACGACCAGAACACUUGCAGUUCUUCUUCGCGCUGAUCGCUUGCCGA